AUGAAGAAAUCCGAGAACAACCGCCGGCGUAUCGGCGGCGACAUAUGGUGGCCAGCCCUUGUCGCCUCCGCAGUUAAGCUCCUCCUCAUCCCCGCCUACCGCAGCACCGAUUUCGAGGUCCACCGCCACUGGCUGGCCUUGACCAACUCCCUUCACAUCUCCCGAUGGUACUCCGACGCCACCAGCCCGUGGACCCUCGAUUACCCUCCCUUCUUCGCCUACUUCGAGAAAUUCCUCUCCCUCUUCGCCUCCAGGGUGGACCCCACCGCGACCGAUCUCCACCGCGGCCUCGAUUACGCCUCCCCGGCCACGAUCCUCUUCCAGCGGAUCUCCGUCGCGUUAUCCGACGUCGUUUUGGUAUGGGCAGCUUAUAGACUGACUAGAAACAGGGGUUUUGACAGAUUCGAGAGGUUUUUGAUUUGGGGAUUGGUCAUUUGGUCCCCUGGGUUGUUCAUCGUUGAUCAUUUACACUUUCAGUACAAUGGGUUUCUGUUGGGGAUGCUUUUGCUGUCGAUUUCGUUUCUGGAGGAAGGGAGAGACUUGCUGGGAGGGUUCGUUUUCGCGGUUUUGCUCUGUUUUAAGCAUCUCUUUGCUGUGGCUGCGCCUGUGUAUUUCGUGUAUCUGUUUAGACAUUAUUGCAGGGGUGGGUUUGUUAAGGGAUUUGGAAGGUUGGUGCUUAUGGGAAGUGUGGUUGUGGCUGUGUUUGGUGCAGCCUAUGGCCCAUUUUGGCACUAUGGGCAGAUACAACAAGUUCUCCAUCGCUUGUUUCCUUUUGGCAGGGGACUAUGCCAUGCUUACUGGGCUCCAAAUGGUUGGGUAUUUUAUAUUAUGUUGGAUAAAUCUUUGGCUUUUUUGCUUGUGAAGCUAGGGUUCAAUAUCCAAGCACCAAAGGCUUCCUUUACUGGUGGUCUUGUGGGGGAUUCCUCGCCUUUUGCUGUAUUACCCACGAUCACCCCUUUGAUUACAUUCAUCACGGUUCUGUUGGCCAUAUCACCUUGCUUGGUAAAGGCUUGGAAGAACCCCCAACCACGAGUGGUCUCGAGAUGGAUCUCCUAUGCAUAUACAUGUGGCUUUCUAUUUGGGUGGCAUGUUCAUGAAAAGGCUUCUCUUCACUUUGUAAUUCCCCUUGCCGUGACAUCCUUGAAGAGCGUGGAGGAUGCUAAGCAUUACUUCAUUUUGUCCAUAGUUUCUUGCUAUUCCCUUUUCCCACUUCUGUAUGAAGCCCAAGAAUAUCCGAUUAAAAUUCUACUCCUGCUUCUGCACACUGUUCUGAUUCUUUUCGGGUUCUCCUCACGUUUUACUGGGAAAACUGCUACAGCAGUUAAAGAAAGUGACCGUAAAUUAGAAAACCGUGCUUUCCAUAUUGGGUGGCUCGGAAAAUCCUACCUGUUCGGCUUAUUAGCCGUGGAGGUUUGGGGACAGUUUUUGCAUCCUAUCGUUUUUGGUGAUCGGCUUCCCUUUCUACCUCUCAUGACGAUUUCCAUAUAUUGUGCUAUCGGAAUGGUAUGCUCAUGGAUUUGGCAGCUGAAAAUGAUUUGUUUGAACCACUGA